CGCGAUGAACAUGUGAACCCGGAUCGUCCUCAUGGAGAGCAUCUGUCCCGAUGAGAAGCUGUCCGGCGGGUAAGACGGAGAAUCUCACACCGAUCGACGGGCAAAGUGACGGCACACAUCGCCAUGAACAUGCAUAUGUGGAUAUCAGCCAUAUGGACUUUCACAACGUUUUUCAGGUCGAUUGAGAUGUUUGAUAUUUACGGGGAUAUAUGUGGAGGCCUGUGUGUGUGUGAAGAGAGAGAGGGUGUUUUCACCGCCAGCUGUGAGAACAGAGGGAUUAGCAGUCUGGCGGAGGUGAUGCCUUUACACUUCACUGCGUAUCAUCUGCUGCUCACGGGGAAUCUGCUGAAGAAAGUCUCGCUUAACGACUUCGUUCAGUACGAGGGACUCAGUAUUCUACAUCUGGGCAACAAUGAAAUAUCAGAGUUCGAAGGUGGUGCGUUUAACGGACUUCAGGGAUUAAAGCGGCUGCAUCUGAACAACAACAAAAUCGAAGCGUUGAAGGACGACACGUUCCUCGGACUCGAUAGCCUGGAGUACCUGCAGAUUGACUAUAAUUACAUCAGCCACGUUGAGCCGAAAGCCGUGAGCGUUUUACGUCACUUAGAGGUGCUCAUCCUCAACGACAACCUUCUCUCCGCUCUGCCGCUCAACCUCUUUCAGUUCGUUCCAUUAACGCAUCUCGAUCUGAGAGGCAAUCAGCUGAGAGUGCUUCCCUACGGCGGGCUUCUGGAGCACUUGAGUCGGCUGGUGGAGCUGCAGCUCGAGGACAACCCCUGGAACUGCUCCUGCGAGCUCAUCCCGCUCAAAGCCUGGCUCGAAAGCAUCUCCUACACGGCUUUAGUUGGAGACGUCGUUUGCGAGACGCCGUUCCGACUUCACGGGCGAGACUUGGACGAGAUCUCCAAGCAGGAGUUGUGUCCUCUGAGAGCAAUCGCCGAGUACGACGUGCGCGCGGAACCGGCUCACGGCGGCGAGAUCCUCUACAGAACCACACCGGCGACUUCGGCCCCGGGCUUCGCCUCCUCCACAGUCCUGCGCGCCACUAAGACCAGCCGACCCCCGGGAAAGCUCCGCGUUAAGCCGACCGCUCGCUCCACCAGCAAACCGCAGAACCACGGCCCGAUGUUAGCCUUCCAGACCAAGUCGCCGGUUCCCCUGGACUGUCCGAACGCUUGCUCCUGCAACCUGCAGAUCUCAGACCUCGGGCUGAACGUGAACUGCCAGGAGAGGCAGAUCGAAAGCAUCUCGGAUCUCGACCCCAAGCCGUACAACCCUAAAAAGAUGUAUUUGACGGGGAACUACAUCUCCGCGGUGUGCAGCUCGGACUUCAACGGCGCGACCGGACUUGAUUUGCUCCACUUGGGAAACAAUCGCAUAUCCGCCGUUCAAGACCGGACGUUCAGCCAGCUCAUACAUUUAAGACGCCUGUACUUAAACGGGAACUUAAUCGAGCGCCUCUCCGAGGAUAUGUUCUACGGGCUGCAAAGCUUGCAGUUUUUAUACUUGGAGUACAACGUGAUUCGGGAGAUUGCGAGCGGCGCUUUUCAACAGGUUCCCAAUCUCCAGCUCCUGUUCCUCAAUAACAACCUGCUCAAGACUCUUCCCCCGGGCGUCUUCCACGGAUUAAACCUCGCGCGAGUCAAUCUACGCGGCAACCACCUCCGCAGCCUGCCGGUCGCCGCCGUCCUGGAGGACCUGGCGGAUCUGGUGCAGAUCGACCUCUUCGAGAACCCCUGGGAUUGCUCGUGUGCCGUGGUGGAGAUGCGGAGCUGGCUGGAGACACUCGGCGCCGGGGUCGUUUUAAACUCCGUCGCGUGCGAAUCUCCUCCGAGGCUCUCGGGCGAAGACAUGCGCUUCAUUCGCUCUUAUCAACUUUGCCCGGAAACCUCAAACGUUCAGUCGUCCGUGGCGUCGCCUUCGGAGGAAUCCGUUCCCGGAAGCACCAUCACUUUAGAGACUUUGGAUUACGACGUGCCGAAUCCCGCGGUUCCACUGUCGGUGCUGAUUCUCGCCUUGCUGAUGCUUUUUAUAUUAUCCGUGUUUGUCGCGGCAGGGCUUUUCGCCGUUAUAGUGAAGCGGCGGAAGAAGUCGGAGCGGUUGGCUUCGGCAAACGCCAGUGCGAUUUACGGCGAUAAGGCCAGAUCGUCGGCAGGCCACGUGUACGAGUUCAUCCCGCCGGCAGCCGAGAGCCUAGCGAAGAAUACCGCCGAGGGAAACGCGAUGGAGAGAUACAGGGACUUCGAAGAACUCAGAGUUCUGGCGUCCAACUCGGAUGACGAAGUCCGGAGCCGAUCCGAGUUCAGCGCGGGAACGCCGGAUACGCUAAACUCACAAUCGCUUCUGGACGACAACUACUUUUACCGCGAGAUCUUGGCCAGGGACCAGCCGGGCUCGUACAGGGGGAGUUUAGCGUGCAAGCACCAGUACUCGGACCAGCAGUACUCGAGUCCCGAGCGGGUCCAGGGCCAGUUCUUGAGUCCCGAGCGGGUCCAGCAAACCGUGAUGUUCUGCCCCCCGCCGGCCGCCGUCUACAUCGAGCCCAGCCGGAGCCAGUACUGGGAGCUCAAAGCCAAGCUGCACUUCGAGCCCGACUACCUGGAGGUUCAUGAGAAACGGACCACUUUCACUCAGUUCUGAAAUAUGUGUGUUUGUCUUCAUUUCCUUUCAAAAAAGAAAAGAGAUAUGAACGUGAAUCUUGUGCACCUCAAAGUUCAAAAGGAAGAAAAGUUGUUGUUUUGAUAUUUUGACGAUUCUAUAUUUGUAAUGAUUUUCAUUAUUUUCAUUAUAAUUUGCUGAUAUUUAUUACUAUUAUUUUUAUUUACGUUGUUUGAAUGCAUUGUGACAUUAUUGGCUGGAUAAUUAAGCACAUUUUCCCUUAAUUUCCACAAUUGUACUAUAUUUUAAUUCAAUAAUGUUUUUUAUUUCAAUAAAUAUAUACAUAUAUUAGGGGAUUUUAUGGGACUAAAUUAUAUUUAUAAAGUAAUUACCCCCAUUUAUUCACUUUUUGAACUGAAACUGGUGAAUCUUGAAUGCUUUGGGUCACAGAAGGAAGUUUGCUCUCUUUUUGUGGAAGUGAAAAAAGUUAACUUAGUUAUAAAAAUAUACAUUAAUUGUUGUGAAAAAUACAUUUGAAAUAAAUGUUUUUCCUAAGUACGUUUCACUCUAAAACUGAGAGAAACUCAAAACCACAAAUCUAAACAAGUUGUGCUCCAAAUAUAUUGAGGUUGAUAUCUCAAAAAAAAAACCAUUUUGGUCAAAAAUGACAACUUUUUUAUUGCUUAAUUUUUUUUACGGUCACCAUAGAGCAAAUCUUAAUGAUCCUUUUUUCUGUUGUCAUUUUUGCUUUUUAAAUUUUGGGGUGAUCUGUGAGAUUCACCAUAUUCUCUGAUGCAUAUCUUAUUCAAAAGUGUUAUUACAUACUUCAGUAUCCUGAGUUUAAUACGUCGUUAGGUGGAUGGAUGAUUUCUCUGUGUGAAUAUAAAAGUGACACUCGUCUUAAAGAUGUAAGUUAUUUAUCAUUUCUAAGCACUUGUGAGCAAAAGGGACAAUCGGUUUGUUGUGUUCUUAUUUGUGUGUACACAUAUAAAUCAAACUGGUGGACUUGCAUAUAUCGAUUCUGGAGAUCUUUGCACUUUUUUUUGCCUAAAUUAAUACUAAGGAGAUUUUUUGUAACAUUUAUAUUGACUGUCUUGUUUAAUUAUGCUGGAAAAGGGUGAAAUGUGUUUUUAUUGAUUUUUUUUUUCCGAGUGUGUACAUGAUCUAAAAGGCAUAUGCAUUCAAAGCACAAAGUGUACAGUAUUUACCCUCCAGUUGCUGUGCAAUAUUGUAAAGUCCCUUUAAGUUUGUCCGCCCACGCCGGCUAACACGAAUCUCCACGAGAGCCGGCGACGACUGCAGGGAAACCGUGAGCCAACCCCUUCAUCGCUCUGAUGUGUGACUCAGUGAAGGAAACAACAGCCCGAGCCUCUUUUACACAAGGGUUUGUUAUUCAGCAAAUGCCAAUGAAAAUUUCAUGCAGGGCUUCAGGCGAGAGAGUCUGGAGAGAUUGUUAUGCAAAAACAGCAGUCGCUGCAGAACAUCAGUGUUUCUUCUCAUCUCUGUAAAAUACUGCAAUUGCUGACAAUUAUUUCAUGCUUUUUUAAAGUCUUUGUCAUGACUAUAUUGUGUGCAAAUUGAAUGAAUCUGUUUUUGCACUGAAGUUUUGUCUUCAGCAUCCAUAUGUUCCUAAAUAAACCUCUGAAUAAUAAUUGUCUGAUAA